AUGCUACGAAACCCACUAGUAACAUCAGCAAAAACGAACGCUCUGAACUCGGGACCUAAAAAGAGAGAUGAUAUAGUCAUCCUCUCGGCAGACAAGGGCACGGUCAUCAUGGAUAAAGAUUCAUACAACAACAAAAUCCUGGACCUUAAUGAUGGGACAAACGUCCCUCUAAAACCAUCGGCGGCUAGACCUCCCAGACUCUAUGGUCUUCCCAAAAUCCAUAAAGAAGGCACCCCGCUACGACCCAUCGUGUCGACGAUAAACUCUCCUACGUACAAACUAGCCCGUUUUCUAUCAGAUACUCUGCUCCCCUUCACAGGCAAGACCUCUUCGGCAGUACUCAACUCAACCCAAUUAGUCUCUAUGGUUAAGGACAUGGUACUAUCUCCUGAUGACAUCCUCGUCAGCUUUGAUGUAGUAUCUUUGUUCACCAAAGUCCCAGUACCGGACACCCUAACAAUAAUUGAGGACUUAGUCCAACAUGGAUUGAAUUCUGAUGUACCUGCGCUGGUUAGGCAUUGCCUCACCAACACCUAUUUUACCCGGAAUGGCACCUUCUACAAACAGAAUGAGGGUACCCCUAUGGGCUCCCCCUUGUCACCAGUUAUAGCCAACAUGUUCAUGGAAAAGUUUGAAUCAGACGCCAUCCAUACAUCCACCCAGCGUCCUUCUCUGUGGAAGAGGUAUGUGGAUGACACUUUCGUCAUCUGGCCACAUGGCCUCCCAGCAUUGAACCACUUCUUGGACCACAUCAAUUCUAGACACCCAUCCAUCAGAUUCACCAUGGAAGUGGAGAAAGACGGUAAACUACCAUUCUUGGAUAUUCUGUUUGAGAGGAGGCCUGACGGAUCCUUGGGACAUUCUGUCUACAGGAAAGCCAUCCACACAGAUUCCUACUUGAAACCGGAUUCCCACCACCACCCAUCUCAAAAGAAUUCUCUCAUCAAAACGCUAUACCACAGAGCCCAUGGCAUUUCUGACCAACACCACCUGGCCG